AUGUCUAGUUUCUUUUCGAACAUCUUUUCCGGGCACAAGUCAAAGAAAAACAAAAAUGCAAAGUCCGAGAGCAAACCACCGCCUGGAAUCUUCACGUCAAACGACAGUGAGAAUCGAGGUGAAACUAGGGAAGAUGAAGAUAUACCAGUGCCAAUUCUGAACAGGCGGUAUUCGUUAUCGAAAAGUGGGAGGAUGAAAGAGAAGAAACGAAUGAAGAUCGCCAUCAAGGAUAAUUUUCCAGCGAGCGAAGAUAAAGUUCAAAGUGGUGCUGGUGUUGAUAAUGACCGUGAUUUUCCUGAUAAGGCCGUGUUUGAUGCCGAUGGAAUAAUAGAUGAAAUGAAUAAGUGCUGUGAUUUGACUAGAAUAGAUAAGCAUAGUGAAUCUAAAUAAAAUUAAC